GACAUCAUCGCAUUAAAAACAUGUAAUAGCUUACAUAUAAAUAACGAACAGCUCCAUUUAUAGUGAUUUCUAUCGUUUCGAUCGAAAACUUCCGGAAAAGGAAGGCGCGAAGUGGUGCCUGAGCUCCAUAUCCGCUUGCAUGUUAUUGUUUACGAUCGCACUUGACGAAAACUGGGUCAGGCAAAAAUAGAAAGCAUACAGUCACACAUUCCUUCGUCGUCUCUGGAUAUGCGCCUUUGAUGAAGAUUCUCUGUUCCGUUGACAACAGGCAGGUAACGUUGAUGCUAGAAUGCUACUAGCAGCCAACCAAAGCUAACUAGCUUGGAAUGUAUCUUUGCAUUUUCAUGCGGGCAACUUACAACACGUUCGCUGCUAGUUAAGUCUGCGUUCAUCAAAUUCGCCUGCACGAAAAAUAACAGUACUUAAGUGUCUCAAUUUAACCUUUUUAACAAAGAUAACAUAUCUCAUCGAAACCGUUGCUAUUAGGCGAUAGCUGGUCACUUGGUUCGAUGACUCAAAAUCCACCCCACCCCCCCUCAAAAAAAUCUGGCAUCACAUGUCAAAUCAUCAUUGUUUGUUGGACGAUGUUGCGAUCAUCCAAAAGCUGGACAGAUGUUGUUUGACACCUUCGCAUCUCGAUUCAACGUGACCGCCAAGUGAGAGUCAAGAUCCUCGUUGCUGCCAUGUCCAGGCGAGGCAGAAACAGCCGCGCUUGGCGUUACGUUUGGGGCGGAAUACGCCGAGAUGCUGAUGCAAGAGCGCUUGUUUUGGCGUCGGAAAGUGACGGAUGGGGCUAUGAGCGCCUGGAGUACAGCGAUUCGGAUUCGGAGGCCGAUUACUCGACGGUGAUGGUCCCUCCGGUGGCCAGCGCUGUGCCCGUGACCGGAGAGUCUUACUGUGGCUGCGACUACCAGGCGGAGACCAUCCAUCACCGCCAAGGUUUUUACCAAGUCAAAGACUGUCUCUGCGGAGAAGAUGAUCAAGAUUUUGACUGGGUUUGGGACGCCGGCAGCCGAUCAACAGCAACGUUACUGAGCUGCGACAAUCGCGAAGUCAACUUUCACUCCGAGUACAGCUGCGGCACGGCUGCCAUCCGUGGUUCCAAGGAGCUGGCGGAAGGGCAACACUUUUGGGAAAUCAAGAUGACGUCUCCCGUUUACGGAACAGACAUGAUGGUUGGAAUCGGUACUUCUGACGUCAACCUUGACAGAUACAGACAUUCGUUCUGCAGCCUGUUGGGAAAAGAUGUAGACAGCUGGGGCCUGUCUUACACCGGCUUGUUGCAUCAUAAAGGAGACAAGAUGAACUUUUCGUCUCGGUUCGGCCAGGGCUCCAUCAUUGGGGUUCAUCUGGACACGUGGCAUGGCACGCUUACAUUCUUCAAGAAUCGCAAGUGCAUCGGCGUCGCUGCCACAGAUCUCCAGAACAAACGGUUUUACCCGAUGGCGUGCUCCACGGCAGCCAAAAGCAGUAUGAAGGUGAUCCGAUCCUGCUCCGCGCCCACCUCCCUUUUGUACCUGUGCUGCGUUCGCCUUCGCCAGCUCCGGCCAGACUGUACAGACACCCUGGAUGUUCUGCCCCUGCCGCCGGGGCUUCGCCACCUCUUGCACAACAAACUGGGUUGGCUGCUCAAUCUCCACGGCGGCUCCGCAGACGAAAGCGCAGACAUCCCCGAACCUUCCCCGCGCUUGGCCCUCCCUCCCUCGGCCGGCCCGUCGUCCUGGGAGAGCGACUCGGAGGGCUGCGCGUCCGACCCCGAGGCCUGCCAGCGGAAGAGGUGCCGCUGGACUUGACAUCCUGCGCUUGACGCAGACAGAUGUUGCUCUUACUGCAAGUCCGAAGUACCUGCCUCAAAACUUUCCCCUCGAGUGUGUUGCAGUAUUGAAAAAAGUGAUCGGACAGGAGCGUCUUCUCUUGCCACGAGAAUGUCUCGAUUCCCAUCCCUCACACGCUAUCCAAUGCAGGACUACAAAACAAGACGACGUCAACUGUAGAUCUCUCUUGCCGUUCCUGAACAGGGGAUUUGUUUUUAAUUCAAGGACGUACUGUCGAACGUAAGUCUCAAACAUGGCUACGAUUUGGGUGUUUUUCUGCAAACGUGGGUUGCUUGAAUUGAGCCAUGUAGUGUAGCGCUUAUUCUUUGUUGCCAUGUAUGCAAAUAGCGCAAAAUCUUAAAUUAAAUGCAAUCACUUAAUCAAAAAUAAUCACCAACAUUGCCCACUGUAAUUUGGUUGGAUUAUUUGUCAGAAAAAAGAAUGAGUGGACGACUUUGGACGGCACAUCAUGAAAAUGAUUCAAAAGAAGGACCAACACGCUGGUUAUAAGUGUUACAUUCAACCGCCUUUAUUUACUGCGACAUCACUCUUUCAAUAUUUUUUUAUGUACGCAUGUUUCAAACACCGUCGUCACCUUUUAUUAGACUUAGAAGAAAGUCAUUUUUAAUAAAACACCUACAAUCGUUUUUAUUGGAAUUAACAUUUAAAACUGGAAACUCUGUACGGCACCUGGGAGGCCGGUUCCACACACAAAGCAUGUGCUAGGCCAGCCAGCUUUUCUCUGAGGUGUGCUCAUUACAGAACGCUCAAAGGUGUUUCUCCUCAAUUGGAAAACAGUGCGUUAGUCGACAAAUUAGGUCUUUCUAAUUAUUGGCUUGUUCAGAGGAUCAAUUCUACUCCGAUUCACUCCACGUCUUUGUCCUCACGAGCACUUAUUUUCAUGCCUCAAGACCAUCGUGAUGACUUAAGUUACAAUAGAAGUAUUCUGUUCUUUCUGAAAAAAAAAUGGAAUUGUUUGUUACGGUGCGGCUAUUUCCAGUGUUAGCUAAGCGACAAUUUCCUCCUGCAGAUCUGUUAGUGUUAGUUGCUUUUAUGUUUGUGGUCUUUUACACUAUUUGUCUUUUAUUGAUGCGUCCAUGCACUUACCGUUGUGUCAUUUGAUAAAAAAGGAAGAAAAGUAACAUUUUCACCUUAGUUUUAACCGAUUAUUUGAAGGCCUUUCGCUUGCUUUUUUUCAGCAAAAUGAUUUUCAGAUGAAAUUAAAGUGAAUGCUGAAUAUGCACAAA